AUGUCUUCCGACAUUGUCACCACCUCGGCCUCCGUGCCCUUCGAUCCCCACAGCGUCGAUCUUGAGACUGCCGACCCGCGCGCUGUGGUCUGCUACAUGAAUGCCUCUCCUAACGACUACGAUGGUCGUGUCGGCCUUCGCAUCUCGGCCUUGUUCGUCAUCUUGGCCACUUCUUCUCUGACCACUUUCUUCCCGGUUCUUGCUACUCGCAUCCCUCGCCUGCGCAUUCCGCGCUAUGUCUACCUCUUCGCUCGCUACUUCGGUGCCGGCGUCAUCAUCGCUACGGCUUUUAUCCACCUUCUUGACCCCGCCUACGAGGAGAUCGGCCCCGCCUCUUGCGUCGGCAUGACCAAGGGCUGGGAUGCUUACUCCUGGCCUCCCGCCAUCGCCAUGACUGCCGUCAUGCUCAUCUUCCUCUUGGACUACGGUGCUGAGUGGUACGUCGAGAACAAGUACGAGUGCGAGGCCGAUGUCAGCAUCGAGAAGGUUAUCACCACUUGCCCCGGCCACACCACUGACGGCGCCAACUCCACUGAUGACGGCAACACUUCUGAGUCUCAUGAUGACUGCCAUACCUCUCCUCGCCAGCAUUCCACCGUUGGCCAUGACGCCCAUGCCAGUCACCAGUUCCUUCACUCUGGCGACCAGGAUGCCCAGAAUCCGGUUCCUCAGACUCCUGCGCCCUCUCCCACUGGCACUCACAGCUCUCAUGGCCACUCCAAGGACACCAUCGACAUCGAGUCUCACGCCUUCCUUACCGGUGAUUCCCCUGAGUCUGAGCGCAUCUUCCGUGAGCAGAUUGCUGCCUUCCUCAUCCUGGAGUUCGGCGUACUCUUCCACUCCGUCAUCAUCGGUCUCAACCUCGGCGUCGUCGGCGAGGAGUUUUCCACUCUCUACCCCGUUGUUGUCUUCCACCAGGCUUUCGAGGGCCUUGGUAUCGGCGCUCGUCUGUCCAGCAUUCCGUUCCCCAGGCGCUUGAGUUGGAUGCCUUGGGCUCUUUGCUUCGCUUACGGCCUGACGACUCCCAUUGCUCUCGCCAUCGGCCUUGGCCUCGGUACCACUUACGAGAGCACUGGCUUCACUGCCUCCAUUGUCUCUGGCAUCCUGGACUCCAUCUCGGCUGGUAUCCUUCUGUACACCGGCCUUGUGGAGUUACUCGCUCGCGACUUCUUAUUCAACCCGAACCGCAUUCGCGAUAGAACCCGCGUGCUGUUCAUGCUGGCUUGCCUGUUUGCGGGCUGCUUCGUGAUGGCGCUUUUGGGCAAGUGGGCCUAA